UGAAACCAGCCAACAAACAAUUUUUUCUACCUUAAUUCCUUAUUGCCGAACAACCACGAGCUCCCAAAUUCAUCAGGAUUAUUCCACCCAGGUGGAGGCUGCCGUCAACCGCCUGGCCAACCUGCAUCUGCGGGCCCCACACCUACCUCUCUCGGGGUUUCUAUGGAUGAUGUGGCUCUCGAGGGUGUGGGCCACUUCCUCUGGGAGUUGGUGGAGAAGAAGCGAGAGGGCGCUGAGCAUCUCUUAAAGCUGCAAAACCAGCGCCCUGGCCGCAUUCUCUUCCAGGACGUGCUGAGGCCUCCCAGGAUGAGUGGGCAAACUCAGGACGCCAGGGAAGCCGCCCUGGCUUUGGCGAGGAGCCUGAACCAGGCCCUUCUGGAGCUGCGAGCCCCGGGUUCUACCCGCGCGGACGCUCAGCUCUGUGACUUCCGUGAGAACCACUUCCUGGGUGAGGAGGUGAAACUCAUCAAGAAGAUGGGCAACACCUGACUCACCUCUGCAGGCUGGCGGCCCCCAGGCUGGGCUGGGCGAGUACCUCUUGGAAAGGCUCACCCUCAACAGGACUAGGAGCCUUUGGGGCCCAGAGGCCUUUGCGGGGCCCCUCUGCCUCCCCUGGUGUCUGGCUUUUACCUGAGCCUCUUCCCGAAACUACUAGCCUUUCUUUUAACCACCCUAGACUCCACUUCCAUACAUUGGACCAAAUGAAACAAUAAACGUUUUUGCAGCAAAAA